GGACACAAAUAGCCGUAGAAGAAGACUCUCCAGCAGUCGCCGGAUGAUGAUGACACAUUGUUGAACAUGGAGCGAAAACACAUGUCAGCUUUUGCUUUGUAUAAAACGUUGUCAACAGACUUGCCUCCUCCUGCUACGAAGCCUUCCCUGCAGGUGGCAGAUAAGAAGAAAAGGAAAAAGGAGAAUGGGGCUAAUAAGGUCAACACAGUUAAAGCUCAAUUAAAGCCUGAAAGGAAGAAAGUGCGAAAGAAGCUCCUAAAGUCUGCAAAAAAAGAGGAGAGCCUUAAGGGAAUGACAGAAGAUGAGGAGUGUGUAAAUGGAGAUGGUGAGGCUGUGGAUGCUUUGCUGGCCGAUCUGGGAAAAGUCAACAGCAGCAGGGAGAGAGCGAGCAAGCUGUUCCAGUGGCUCAUCAACCCCAUUCCUGCCAAGUCCUUCUUCAGGGAAACAUGGGAAAAGAAACCUAUUCUUGUUCAACGUAAGACUCCAGAUUAUUACAAGGGACUGUUCUCCACAGCAGAGUUUGAUCGCAUACUAAGACAGGAGGAUGUUCAGUAUGGAGUGAACCUGGAUGUCACGAGCUACACUAAUGGCAAAAGAGAGACGCACAAUCCUCCGGGGAGAGCUCUGCCUUUCACUGUGUGGGACUUCUAUGAGAGUGGCUGCUCCCUCCGCAUGCUGAAUCCCCAGGGUUUCUCCUCCACGGUGUGGAACGUGCUGUCCAUCCUCCAAGAGCAGUUCGGCAGCAUGGCAGGAGCCAACGUAUACCUGACGCCACCUGGAACACAAGGCUUUGCUCCACAUUAUGACGACAUUGAGGCGUUUGUGGUUCAGCUGGAGGGGAAGAAACAUUGGAGAGUGUACAACCCAAGGACAGAAGAUGAGGUCUUGCCUGUGCUUUCAAGUGCCAACUUCGAUCAGGCAGACAUCGGGAAGCCGAUCCUGGAAGUGGUCCUCGAAGCCGGGGAUCUCCUUUACUUUCCCCGAGGAUUCAUCCACCAGGGCGACUGCCUCCCAGAUGCUCACUCCCUCCACAUCACCAUCUCCUCUCACCAGAAGAACAGCUGGGGGGAUCUGCUACAGAAGUUGGUUCCAGCAGCAUUGGAAAUAGCAAUGGAGGAGGAUGUGGAGUUCAGACAGGGCUUACCUCUGGAUUACCUGACAUACAUGGGAGUACAGAACUCUGACAAGGAUGACCCACGCAGGACAAAAUUCUUCUCGCGAAUUGAGAGUCUGAUGAAGAAGCUCAUUACUUACGCCCCGGUCGAUGCUGCCGUGGAUCAGAAAGCCAGAGACUUCCUCCAUGACUGCCUUCCUCCCAUGCUCACACCAGAGGAAUUGGCCAGCAGCGUGCAAGGAGCAUCUACUAGGUGGGAGCGCGGGCAAGUUCUGGAUGUAGGUGCACAAAUCACUACCCAGACCCGAGUCAGAAUUCUCCGUGCUGGAUGUGCCAGGUUAUGCAGUGAUGGAGAAGCUGUUCAUCUUUACUACACAACAGACAACUCCAGAGUUUACCACAAAGAGGAGCCCAAGAGUUUUGAAAUAAAAGCAGAGCACACAGAUGCCAUGGAGUUUCUGAUCCAUUCAUAUCCCAAAUUUGUGACAGUAGGAAGUUUCCCAUGUGAUUCCGCAGACGACAGGAUCGCUUUGGCUGAACUGCUUUUCGAGAGGGGGAUUAUCCACACUGCCGGACCUCUGUAGUGACCGCAGAUUCUUCAGUCAUGCUGACUGCAUGAAUAGAUUGCCUCUGUACAAAAUACACAUUGAACAACCCAUUUAUGAAUAUGCUCUCCGUUCAGCAUCAAAUAAACCAGUUUAAUCCUGUCAUGA